GACAGUUUUAAACCCGAAACCGCCAGUCUCCGUCAAACGAGCAAGACAUACCUUUAAGCGAAAAGUGUCGCUUCCGUUCGAAUUUCUCGUCGUUUCUCGGCCGUUCGAAGCGACCACUUCGCUAAGAAGAGACUAAGUGAAGUGCGAAUCUCGGCGACGUGGAAUAGGCGUCGGUUUGCAAGGAUUUUCCCGUUCCCCUGGAGACAAUGGAUACAACUGGUAGCAACUUUGAAUACAAUGCCCCUCAGAUGUACUGUGAUCUGAGUGAGCGCCUUCUGGAAGAACCGGAUGAUUCUUACUUUGAUGGUGCAGUGCUGCCUGACCUGCAGACGCCUAUGCUACCUCCGGAAAAGGCCCUUAGAUCUUCAUCCAGGCUGAAUGCUGGCACCCCGCUAAAAUCAUCUGGUAAUUUGAAGAAGCCUGUUAAAACUCUGAUAACACCAAAGAAGACGCCUUUCUCAGAAACAGUCAAGAUUGUCGUGUCCCAGGAAGUAGACCAGGAAGAUAAAGAAAAUUCAGAACGGUAUGUAACUCCAAAGUCAUCACAGAAGAGAAGAAAAAGCACGAAAAAAUCUCCUUCAGUCGGUACCCGUUCAUCCCCAAGGUUGGCAGAAAUAAGCAAGGCUAUGCGUCGUAGCAAUGCAGCUCGCCGUUCGACAGGUUCCUCCACGUCUUCUCUAGGUGCGGAUGGGGCCAACUUGAACAAAGUGGUCAAAGCUAAACCAAAGCAACAGUCGCUUCCGAAGUUGUCAGGCAAGAAAGGGUUGAGUGAAGAUGACAUGAAAACCCUGGAGAACAUUGCAGUCAUUAACAGCGACCCAGUGAGCAUAAAGACGAGCAUUCAGAAUGUCCCGGCUCGUCUCAUGCCGACGGUUCCCCAAGAGUUUCAUUUCACCACUGGGUCACGCCUUAGGCAGAAGAAAACAGAACAUGUCGAGGCAGCUCCAAAGAAGGGUCCACUCAAAGCUGUUCAUGGUCCGACCAGACCUCAGGAGUUCCACUUUGCAACUGAUGAGCGCAUCAAGAAGCAGCCUGGUCCUAAUGAAGACAAGGAACCAGCACUGCCGUUUCCCAUGUCUUUACGUUCUGCAUCUAGUAUGGAGCCCAAAGAAACCACUCACAAGGGGCCAACAAUUCCACAGCCAUUUAACCUUACCGAGACUCGCAAGGGCACAGAGGGUGAAGCCAACAAGUUCAUAUCUGUUGCAGAAUUAAACUUGGCCUUCCACACUAGAACGCCCCAGAGAUUCCGCAGCAAGAGAAGUGGGGAACCAGAAGAGCCCCAUUGCCAACAAAAGAAGAACAAGAUAACAAUCCCUGUCACACCUAACUUCACUGCAAAGACCCGAUCUAGGACUGUUCAACACCCAACGAGGGAGGAGGAAGAGAUGAAGGAGCUCGAAGAAGCACAGAAGCACAUGUUUAAGGCUCGUCCAGUCAACAAGAAGGUAUUCGAACCUCCUGCAGAUGUCUUCAUUGCUACCAAGAAAAAAUCGACAAUCCCGGAGCCCUUCAAUAUUACCAAGACAAAAAAAGAGGAUAAGCCAUUGGGUGCCAACUUGAAAGAAAUGUGUGAGACCUUGGGAUGUUCCACCACUUCGGUUAGCUCUCUCCCAUGGGGAGGAGUGCCCUCCAAGUGGUCAAAGAGGAACACAGAGCCCAAGCCCUUCAGCUUUGACACUCGCGACAAGAACAAGCUGCAGGAAAAGCAAGAGAAGAUAAAGAAGGUAUUAGAAGAAGAGAAGAAACUGGCAGAAUUCCAUGCCCACCCAAUGCCUAUCUUUGAGGAAGGCAUUCGUGGAGUGCCUCCAAAAAAGCCGCCCACCCCAACCAGGGUGAGACCCUUCCAUCUAAUGAGUGAUGAACGAGGGGAACUGAAACAGGAACAGAUUCAUAAUAAGCUGGAAGAAGAAGAACGUAUAGAUAGGGAAAGGAGAACCUUCUUUGCUCAGUCGGACGCCGUGGUUCACAAGCAGCCCUUCAUACCUGAGAAAUCGAAGAAGCCCCUCACAGACAUCUCCGGCUUCACCCUGAACACGGAGGUGAGGGCGGAGGAGAGAUCCAAGUUUGAGUUACACCAGAAGCAGCGAGAAGAUGAACUCUUGGCUGCCAAGAGAGAGCAAGAGGAAAAGGAGAAAGCAGAAGCUGCAGCAGAAGUUGCCAGAAUGCGCAAAGAAGCAGUCCACAAGGCCAACCCUGUACGCAACUACAAACCUGUUGUAAUUAAGCCUGCGCCCUGCCUUCCCACUGUGCCAGUCUCUCCCAACUUUGCGACAAAGACUAGGCUACGGUCAAGGCGGGGAGAUUCCUCGGCUAAUUCUAGUAUGGACGUGUCUUCUAUAAAUUCAACAGUGACUCUAGCUUCUGCAACAUUUACAGCGGAGUAAAUGGAUCUGAUUGAUUGUUCUCUUAUAUAUGUAAAUAUUUUUUCGACUCCAUUUUAUAUAUUGCCCAUAAGAUGCUCUUGAUACAUAGUAUGUACUUCUAAUGUGCUUGCUUUGAAUGUUUGAGAGCGAGAGAGAGAGAUAGAAUAUAUGUUUAGACUAUGUUUGCCUUGCAUCAUAAUGUUAUUGAUUGCUUGUGAGAGAGUAUUUAAAACCAAAAUGUAUAACUUGGGUACUAUUAAGUUUUUUCAAUGAGCAUUGUUAAAUUUAUGUAAGGUCAAUUUUUUUUUUUUUUUUUUUUGCAUCUGAAGACAGGUCUUAAUUUCUAUGUACAUACUAUAUUACUUUUCUAUUUUAAGUUCCUUGGAUGAAAGAUUGUUUUUCUUGAUAGUAUUUAGAAUAUUGUCAUAGUUCACUAUCUCGUCUUAAGAUUUUCAAAUGUAAGAGUUUUCUAUGCAUCUAAUAACUUCUGCAUUGCUUAGGAUUUGUCAUGAGAUAGUGAUGAUAUUGAUAACUUGUAAAUGUACAAGUCCGAAUUUUUGUUUUAUAAUACUUUGUGUAACUGCAGUAAUUAAAUGAUUUACCAAAGUUAACUUGUUAUGGUUGAAGCCCAACAUUCAGAUUUAAUUAUUAACAUAUCCUAAUCAAAAGCAGCUAACUUAGCUGAUUUGUAACUUAAUUGUCACACACAGGUUUUAAGGUCUGGAAGGGAAUGAUUUUUGUAUACAGAUUUUUAUUUUCUCACUUAUGUUUUUCCUUUCCCACUGAGUCUGUUUGCUUAAAUAAACUUUCUAACAGCUAGAA